AUGAGCUCGUCGCCGUUAAGGAUUCCGACGUCGGUCGAAGCACCACCACCGUCAUCUACAUCGACAGAUACGACAACUAAGAUUGCGAUGGCGGAAGGUUCCUCAAAGAAAGUGAGGAAGCCUUAUACCAUCACCAAGUCCAGGGAGAGCUGGUCAGAGGAAGAGCACGAUAAGUUUAUAGAAGCCCUUCAACUGUUUGAUCGUGACUGGAAGAAGAUAGAAGAUUUUGUGGGUUCAAAGACUGUGAUUCAGAUAAGGAGCCAUGCCCAAAAAUACUUCUUGAAGGUUCAGAAAAACGGGACACUAGCACAUGUGCCACCUCCUAGGCCUAAGCGCAAAGCAUCUCAUCCGUAUCCUCAAAAGGCAUCCAAGAACGCUCAAAUGCCACCACUUCAAGUUUCCACUUCUUUUUCUACUCCAAAUAGCGACAUGCCGGGAUAUACUUCGUGGGAUGAGGCAUCAAUGCUGCUAAACAGAGUUAUUUCACCACAGCAAGAACUUGCUACUCUUCUUGGAGCAGAAGCUGAUAUUGGAUCCAAGGGCCUAUUAAAUGUUAGUAGCCCUUCCACAUCCGGUGUGGGAAGCUCAAGCCGAACAGUAUCAGGUUCUGAGAAUGUCAAACAGACAAAACAGCCUCCUGUGCUUCACGGUGUUCCUGAUUUUGCUGAAGUUUAUAACUUCAUAGGGAGUGUCUUUGAUCCUGAAACGAGAGGCCACGUGGAAAAGCUCAAGGAAAUGGAUCCUAUAAAUUUCGAAACUGUUGUGUUACUGAUGAGAAACCUCACAGUAAACUUAUCAAACCCUGAUUUCGAAUCUGCUAGGAAAGUCCUCUCAUCAUAUGAAGUGAAAACUGAGAUCUCAAGCGUUGCCACUGGUUCCAUUGUCAAGACCUCAACAAGCGACAAAUCAUCAUCGUAA